AUGACAAAAAAUAGACUAUCUACGGUAGACCAUAUUAGCUCUCAUCACCAUGAAUGGAAAAUUUUUGAAAAUUCAAGAAUUCAAAGGGAGAAUAUAUUACAAGAGCAACAAGUAUACCUACUGCACCAACUUCAGCUAAUCGAAGAGAGUAAUGAUCUAUCAUCUUUUAUGAAUGAAAUAUCAGAUUCGGAGAUUUCUCCAAUACAGAAUCAAUUAAUAUCCUAUGAAAUGCCAGCACCUAAAUUGGAACUAACUUCACUUGAUGAUUUGAUAGAAGACACCAUGUCUACAACUCAAGUGGACGGUAAUUUUCAUAAAUUACUUAUAGCUCAUCUAUACAUAUAUUUUGUCUCAAAUGGGCUUCAAGACUCUGCAACAGCCCUUUACCAGGAAAUAUGUAAGGGCAUAUACUCCAAAGAAAUCCUGUUAAUUGGACUAAUAGAAAUGCAAUUAAUUACUUCAUGUAAAGGUACAUUUCUAGAAGAUUGGUGGGAUCUUCUUUGGUUAACAUUAGCCAGUGAAAGCGCCCUCGCAAACUUACAGUAG